UUUGAGCAGGCGCAGUGGUUUUACCAUGGCGGAGUUGAUUUCUUUCGCGGUUCCCACCCAGAGUGACAAAGUUUUGUUGGUGUGGGAGCUGAGCGCCGGUCCCCCAGCUGAGGCCUUAAGUCAUUCUCUGUCCGCAGUGUUCUCCCAGUUUGGCCUUCUGUAUUCAGUCCGAGUCUUCCCGAACGCUGCCGUGGCUCGCCCUGGUUUCUAUGCCAUCAUCAAGUUUUACUCAUCGAGGGACGCGCAGAAAGCCCAAAAGGCAUGUGAUGGGAAGCCUCUUUUUCAGACUUCGCCCGUGAAGGUUCGUCUCAGCACCAGACAGAAAACACUGCGGCACCGGACCUUUGCCCUAAACAGCUCACGGUGCCAAGAACUGGCAAAUUACUACUUUGGCUUCAAUGGGUGGUCAAAAAGGAUCAUCAGGCUGCAGGAGCUAUCUGGACCCGAGGAAGAGGCUCUCACGGGGCCUGUGCAGAAGCGGAGCCUCAAGUUCUUCUGUGCUGUAGAGGUGGUUCUGCCGCUCUACGGGUGCAAGAGCCCUGGAGUCGGCAUCGCUGAGGAGCCUCUGCACCAGCUGGAGGAGGAAGGACAGUCCUCGUUUCUGAUGAAGAGAAAGACCGUGCAGAAGCUCGCAAUUCAGAGCGCUUUGGCAGAUGCCUUCCAGAAGCUGGCCAUCGUGGUUCUGGAAAGUGGCAAGGUCGCGGUGGAGUACAGACCCAGUGAAGAGUCCAUCGAUGCCGAAAGUGAAGAAGACCUGCAGAGUUUAAUCCAGGUCAACUGCCUUCAGCCUGGCCAAAGGGAGGAAGAAUGUCUCUCAGAUUUUAGCUUGGAAGAAGAUGAACUCAAUCUAUAAGAACCGCACCAAGGCUACUGACUGUCACAGGCCCUGCCCUCUGACUUUCGUGGGAAGUUCUACAUGUGUGACCAGUGAGCUGCUGACAUCCCCGAACACCCCAGAGUGAGGCCCAAAUCCUGCCCGGAAGCUUGGAAGAGGUCUAGGGGAGGCUCGAGCCCUGUCAUAAUGGUGGGAAAAGGUUCCCUGUGCAGAAUGGAACUGGGCCGCAGCAUAACCCAGGCUGCCUGUCUCUUGGGUGCACUACUCCCUCAUCAAUGUUUGAGCCAUAACAGGUGUUUACAACUAUUUGUUUUUAUUCCAGGAUACCAAUUUCUUUGGGGAGCUAUACAGUGUGUGCUGGUUUGAAAGAAAAUGGCCCCCCAAUGGAGAAGCACUGUUUGGAGGUGUGGCCUUAUUGGAGUAGGCGUGGUCUUGUGGCUGAACUGUGUUACUGUGGGGGCGGGGUUGAGGUCUUCUCAAGUGUCACUCACUGUGAUAAUCAACUUCCUGCUGCCUUCUGGUCAAGAUGUGUCACUCUCAGCUCCAGAACCACGUCUGCCUGCACGCUGCCAUGCUCCUUGUCAUGAUGAUAACAGACUGACCCUCUGAACUUAUAAACAAGCCACCCCAAUGAAAUAUUUUCUUUAUAAGACACCGUGCUGUGGUCAUAGUGUCUCUUCACAGAAAUAGAAAUUGUAAGGUGUCCUGAAUCGGAUUAGUUCACUGUUCCACCCCAGAGUGUGCCGCGCCGACCGACAGCUCCCGAAACUCCCAAAAGUGGUUCCAGUGAUGGAAGUGGAUCAGAACAGGGCUCUGCUGAAAGAAUCGGUGUCAGCUCAGGACCACUAAGACAAGGUUCUCAGGACAAAAGGCAGGGAAUCAGGCAAAGUCAGGAAAUAGAGGGUGAGGGCGAAGAGGGAAGAGGUAUUCGCCCUGAGGUGGGGAGGGAGGGAUGACAAGGGCUACCUCUGGAUAGAGAGAACACAGACGUGCCCAUGGGCACAUGGGCUUAUAAAGGAAACUGGGAAACCCUGUGUUAGGAAGAGGCAUUCAGUUUUCACUGGGCAUGUUAAUUAGGUGAGCCAAAGGGGACUUUUGAUUGCUGAACGUCAGUACUUUCAUAGCUGGGCCUUGGUAGUCGGCCUCAGGAGGACGUGGCCAAAUAAGGGAAUGGACCUGGUGGCUGUCUUUAGGGUUGUGAUCUAAUGGUUUUUAGCAAGGCACAGGGAAUGGGAGAGAAGCAGGGGUGCUAGAGCCACGGUUGGAGUGGGUGUAUUAGAUUCUAGUUAGCAGCAGAGACUCCAUUUGUCCCCGCCUGCCAUUCUGCCCUGAGCUGCUACCCACAAUUUCCUGAGGCUAGACAGAAGCCCCCCCUCAAACCCCUCACACUGGUGUAACCCACAAUCCACCCCCUUCUGAUUGGUUGGCCCAGAGCCUGAGCCACAGAACUCCCUGAUAGGCUGCAAGUGUGUCACCAUGGAAAGCCCCCAAUAACUUCUCCCCUUAUUAGGACUGGAUUGGGACCUGGGAGCUCUUUGUAAUUUUCCCCUUUUAAACUGGAACUCACUCUGUAGACCAAGCUGGCCUUAAACUCACAGAGAUCUUUCUGCCUCUACCUCCUGGGUGCUGGGAUUAAAGUUGUGUGCCACCACACCCAGCUCUCAAAAAAUAUUUUUUAUCUUCUGGGAGGGCAGAAGAGGGCAUCAGAUUCCCUGAGCCAAAUAUAUAGACAGUUGUGAGGCUGCUGGCCCAAGGGCUGGGCACUGAACUCUGGUCUUCCGACACAGCAGUUAGUGCUCUAAACUGCUGUGCCGUCUUCCCAGCUCCCACAACACUCCCUUCACACACUUUUGGAAACAGGUUCCCUUGUAACCUUGUGAUGGCUGAUGUUCUGUUGAUGGUUUACCUCAUGUUUAAAAGUUUAAAAUUACUGUGCUUAAGAGAACUAUAAAGUGAAAACGGAAUUCCCAAUGUUCAGGCUUUUAAGGUUAAUUUUUGUAAUAGUCUGGUCUUGAUACAAUUUUAACACAACUGUUUUUUAUGCAAGGUCAUAAGGUCAUCUGCUAUUCCUGCUUCUGUUAAACAGAAGCUUGUUUUGCUCAAGAUAACCUUCUGCUUGUACAUAGACGGAAUGUAACGUUGUGUUCUUUGCCUUUAUAAACCCCUGACUCAGGAGACUUGGCGCUGCCUUUGGGACUCCCGAGUCCCCAUGUAUACUUGGUGCCAGUAUUUGAUACUGAAUAAAAGCC